UGUUAAUAUAUGCAACGCGGCCAUCUCUGCAGCUACCAUUCUGAGACUUCUUCCUCCCUUUUAGUUUACUCCCUGGUUGCUCUUUAGUGGUUCAUGAGGAGGCACUAGGUGUGGGAGGUGAUUUUGGGGUAUCCUCAAAAAGUUGCUAUGGAGGCAAAACGGGAAUCAUCCCCUGUGUGGAGUCAGGCCCCCAACAGUGAAGCCAGCAAUCCCCCGCAGGUGCAUUUUGAGGGUGGUGCAGUGGCUCAAAUUGUAUACAGUGGAGAACAGCCUGACAGAGGGCAGCAGCAGGUUGUCUACACUGCAGAUGGAAGCUCCUACACAUCAGUAGAGUCAGCAGAACACACGCUGGUGUACAUACAUCCUGCAGAUGGAGCACAGGCUGUGUUUGCAGACCAGCCCCAAGUGGCCUACAUUCAGCAAGAUGGUACAACUCAGCAAGUCACUGUGUUGCUGCCAAGUGGCCAGAACAUGAAUGCUGCCAAUCUACAUGUGCUCAGUAAUGUAGCAGAUGCCCCUCAGGCUAUACUAGAGCCUGUGGCACAGGCCAGCACUGCUCUCCCUGCAAUGACAGACCCUGCACCUAGUCCUCUGGGGGCCACAGACUCUACCGUGGACUCUGAAGAUGAGGAUGAGGAUGAUGACGAUGACGAUAGAGAUGAUUCUGAACUCGAAGAUUGGGAACCUAGACUACCUCAACCUUUCACCCCUCAACAUCUGUGGUGUGAGGAAUGUAAUAAUGCCAACCCUGGUGCAUGUAUGAAGCAUGGCCCUCUCCACCCAAUCGCUAACAGGCCUGUGAUGUCCAGAGCUCGCGCCAGCCUACCCCUCAUUCUGUACAUUGAUCAUUUCCUGGGAGGAGUCUUCUCCAAAAGGCGCAUUCCCAAACGCACUCAGUUUGGGCCUGUGGAGGGCCCUCUGGUGCCACAGAGUGAGCUGCAGGACACACAUUUCCAGCUCAAAUUAUGUAUGUUGGACCCAGAAAAAGAUGGUGAGAGAGCAGAGGACUUGUGGCUGGACUUGUCUGAUGAGGAUCGCUGCAACUGGAUGAUGUUUGUUCGGCCAGCUGAGAACCACCUGGAGCAGAACCUCGUGGCCUAUCAGUAUGGCUCAGACAUCUUCUACACCACCAUCAAGAACAUUCAGCCAAAACAGGAGCUAAAGGUCUGGUAUGCUGCAUCUUAUGCAGAAUUUGUCAACAAGAAGAUUCAUGAUGUCACUGAGGAAGAGAGGAAGGCACUGCGAGAGCAGGAGAAGAACUGGCCAUGUUAUGAGUGUAACAGGCGCUUCAUGAGCUCGGAGCAGCUCCAACAGCAUCUCAACAUGCACGAUGACAAGCUGGACCUUAUUCAAAGGCCAAAAGGACGAGGUCGAGGUCGUGGAAGGAAAAGAUUUGGUGCUGGAAGGCGACCUGGACGUCGACCCAAAUUUAUCCGUCUAGAAACACCAGCAGAGAGCACGGAUAAGACCCAGGACAUACUGCCGUUUCCUGAUAAACUACCAUAUGAGGAACCGGCAGGCGGGCCCCUGAAUGGGUUGAAGAUGGGUGAAAUGGGAGACGAUGCUGUGGGGACUGUGACAGAGGGAACAGUAGAGACCUCAGCAGGCCAGCCUGAGGCUCUUCAGGAUGUGGAUAAUACUGACACCUCAACGACAACCUCUAGUGUUCCUCCACCUAAUAAGGAGGACCAGUCUCUAGCAGCUGCUGGUGAUUCCCAUCUCUCUCCACAGGACAUCAGGCGGGCCCGAAGGAUUCGGAAUGCCGCUCUGCAGCACCUUUUUAUUAGGAAAUCCUUCCGGCCCUUCAAGUGCUCUCAGUGUGGAAAAGCCUUUCGUGAGAAGGACAAACUGGAUCAACACAUGCGCUACCACGGCCGAGAUGACUGCCGCCAUGCCUGCCAUCACUGUAACAAGGGUUUCCUCAGCAGCGCUGCUCUGGAGGACCACUUGCAACUACAUUCAGACCAGCGCACCUACUCCUGCUUGUUUUGCACUGAGUCUUACGACAGACUGGACCUGCUAAAAGAGCAUGUUGGGGUUCACCUAGUCAACGGCUGCUUCUCUUGUCCCUCCUGCAAGAAGACCUUUACUGACUUUAUACAGGUUAAGAAGCAUGUACGCAGCUUCCACUCAGAGAAGAUCUUCCAGUGUACAGAAUGUGAUAAGGCUUUCUGCCGGCCAGACAAGCUGCGGCUGCACAUGCUUCGCCACUCUGACCGGAAAGACUUCCUGUGUUCCACCUGCGGCAAGCAGUUCAAGAGGAAGGAUAAACUGCGGGAACACAUGCAGCGCAUGCACAAUCCGGAGCGUGAGGCCAAGAAGGCUGACCGCAUCCACCGUACAAAGGCUCUGAAGCAGAAGGAGCCCACCACCGACUUUGAGAGCUUCAUGUUUAAAUGCCGGCUUUGCAUGAUGGGCUUCAGGCGAAGAGGCAUGCUGGUAAAUCACCUAUCAAAGCGUCAUCCUGAAAUGCGAAUAGAUGAGGUCCCUGAGCUCACCCUGCCCAUCAUUAAGCCGAACAGAGAUUACUUCUGUCAGUACUGUGAUAAGGUGUAUAAGAGUGCAAGCAAGCGGAAAGCGCACAUCCUAAAGAACCACCCUGGUGCUGAAUUACCACCCAGCAUCCGAAAGCUUCGCCCGGCUGGGCCAGGUGAACCAGACCCCAUGUUAAGCACGCACACCCAACUAACGGGCACUAUUGCUACGGCGCCCGUCUGCUGCCCGCACUGCGCCAAGCAGUAUAGCAGCAAGACAAAGAUGGUGCAGCACAUUCGCAAAAAGCAUCCAGAAUGUGCGCAGAUAGCCAACAGCAUCCAAGCUCCUCUGGCUACAACAGUCAUCAGCAGCACUCCAGCUGUUAUUACAACUGAUGGCACAACAGCUGAGGCUGUGGUGACAACAGACCUGUUGACACAGGCAAUGACUGAGCUGUCUCAGACUUUGACCACAGACUACCGCACAGUGCAGGGAGACUUCCAGAGGAUCCAGUACAUUCCUGUGUCUCAGACUGGAGGAGGCUUGGCCCAGCCCCAGCACAUUCAGCUGCAGGUGGUGCAAGUGGCCCCGGCAUCCUCUCCGCAGUCCCAGCACUCUACGGUGGAUAUGACCCAGCUGCAAGAUCCGCAUAGCUUCACUCAGCACUCCAUCCAGGUGCAGCACAUCCAAGUUUCUGAGGCCACAGGGGCUGUACAGGCCAGUGCACAGGUGACUGGUCAGCCUCUAAGCCCCUCCUCUCAGCAAACGGCACAGGAGUUAAGCCCCGCCCAGCUGACCCCUGUGACUCUGGCCCAGAGCCAAACCCUACAGACAUCCACCAGUCAAACGCAAGGGACAGUGCAGCAUGCUUACUUGCCUAGCAAUUGGAACUACAGGAGUUAUCCUUCUGAGAUCCAGAUGAUGACUCUGCCUCAUACUCAGUAUGUGUUAGCAGAGGCUAGCACGCCAGUCACUGCUGCUGUCAACAGCAGCCAGGUCAAAACGACUCACUAUGUGAUCUCAGAGGGGCAGGCUGAGCUGGACAGUAAACAAGUUAAUGCCCCACCCACCACCAGCCAGGUACACACUGAUCCAUUAGAGCAGCCAUCCACCAAUCAACAGGCUACCACCCAGUACAUAAUCACCACAACAACCAACGGAGCUGGUGCCAGCGAGGUUCAUAUUACUAAACCCUGAACCUAGGUGCCUUUGAACAUACAUGCACUCAAACACUGAAACUGUUAAUGCUAAAUCUGAUUACCCACUCUCUAACACCUGACUUGGAGCUUGGUUGGUCUUGGGAUUAACUUCGGUCUGUAGAUUCUGAUGAACUGGUGAACUUUAAAUGGACAAAGAGAUAUAUGAUUGAUAUUUUCUUGGACUUUAAUAGAGUAAAAAGAAUUAUUGUAAAAUGAUGGAAACAACUUUAUUUCAUUAUUAUGAGAAACAGUGGAAAAUUGAUAUGUGAUUAUGGCAACCCCACUAGCCCAAACACAGCAUAAGCAUGAUCACUAACUGUUGCUCAUGGGCUUUUAAUUCCUGCUCAGCAUCUUUCAUCAUUUUAACUGUAAUUUGCAAUGCUUUCUUGAACACUUAAAGAAAUAAUUGGAGCCUUGUGUAGAGUAGGUUCAUUUAAGUCUACACUCUUAAAGUGUUUUUUCAAGGGUGCUUUAGUAAAGACAGUGGUUCUAUAUAGAACCAUGAAUGCCUAAAGAACUUGUUCUUUAGAUUGAUGGAGAAUAUGUUGUAUAUGGUUCUAUUUACAACCUUUUUAAAUGGAUUCUAAACAGUACCAAAAAGGUUUCUUGUAUUGUUACAGUGUCAAGCUUGUAACAAUGGACAAACCAUUUUUGGUGCUAUGUAAAACCCAUUUCCAUAAGGUUCUACAUAGAACCCUAUACAACACGUCUAUCAAUGAGGAGAAACAUUUCCUGAUGUUAAGAACCCUUUAAGCAUGCAAAUGGUUCUUUGAGUGUUCAUGUUUCCAUAUAGAACCAUUGUGCUUACUAAAGAACCCAUGACGAACCAUCUUUAAGAGUUUAUGUAUAGGACUUCAUUGAAGAACCCAUCAAGGGGAUUUUUUUUCUUUUUUAAAUACGGGAAUAUGGAGAUUUCCCAAAAUAGUACAGGUCCGAUUCUGUGAAUUCUUCAUAUCAUUUGAGUUCAUUUUGAGGAGUUAGCAUUUUUAUUUAACACUAAUCUAAUGAGUGUUAAAACUAACGUUACUUACAGUGAUGAAAACUGGGUUCAUUAUAAAAUGUUACUAGAUCAGAGGUCAGUUGACUAAUGGUUUGUUAUUGCGGACAACUCUCCAGCUGGUCUGGAAUUGAGCUACAUUAGCACAGUCACAGACCAAACUUGAGUUUGAAAUUGAACCUCUGAAAUGAAAAGGAGAAAAAAUUCUGUUCUUGAGAACAUUUUUAGCAUCCUCUUUAAAA